AUAAUAUUUGAUAUCAUUUGGAAAUAAAAAUAGGGAUUUAUUGCACUUUUUCAAAAAAACACUUAUAAACGGACUAUAAAGUUUUUCCAACAGCUGAUCUUUAAACGCGUCAUCACGUCCGUUACGGUCCCUUUAAAUAUGAAGCUCCUCCCCCCGUGAUGAGACACGUCAUUACGGAGUUUUACCAAACAAACAUGGCGUCGCCCGGAAGCGGCUCGGCGCGCCUGUCGGUCCUCGCGGGACUGAUCGCGGGACUCUUUGCGGUGUUUUGUGUCUCGGGCUCCCGCGUGUCGCUGCUCGUGUGUCCGGCGGCCGCAGCCGGAGGCGCGCUGCUGUCGCUGUGGCUGCGGGGCUUGCGGCGGCGGGACGCGGGCACCGAGCGGCGGGUCUGCGCGCUGGUCCUCGGGGACAUCGGUCGCAGUCCCCGGAUGCAGUAUCACGUCUUGUCCCUCAGCAAACACGGAUAUGACGUGACGUUCGUCGGGUUCCUAGACUCCAAACCUCACCAGGACGUCCUGAGACGGGACAACGUCCACAUCGUCCCCAUAGCGGAGGUGAAAGGUGUCGCAGUGGGACCAAAGCUGGUGACGUAUGUGACGAAGGUGACGGUUCAGUGUCUGCAGCUUCUGUCUGUGCUGCUGAGGAUGAAGCUGCAGUCUCACGUUCUGCUGCAGAAUCCCCCUGGGCUGCCUGGUAUUGCAGUGGCCUGGUUCGUUUGCAUCCUGCGCGGCAGCAGGUUCGUCAUCGACUGGCACAACUACGGCUUCACCAUCAUGACCCUGAGCCUCGGACGGAGACACCCGCUGGUCCGACUGGCCGAAUGGUACGAGCACUUCUUCGGGCCUCUGGCCGAUCACAACCUGUGUGUCACCGACGCCAUGAAGAACGACCUGCAGAAGAACUGGGGCAUCGGCGCGACGACGCUGUACGACCGACCGGCCUCCAUCUUCAGAGAGACGCCGCUGAGGCUGCAGCACGAGCUCUUCGUCAGACUGGCCCACACGUAUCCUCAGUUCAAGUUCACGGGGUCGGACGACGUCGCGGCCGAGACGACGAUCUUCUCGCUUCGUGACGUCACAGAUGACUCGGUGACCCUGAGGUCGGAGCGACCGGCGCUGCUGAUCAGCAGCACCAGCUGGACGGAGGAUGAAGAUUUCUCCGUCCUGCUGGAGGCUCUUGAAGAGUACGAAGGUUUCAUCAGAGACGGAGCUUCGCUGCCACGUCUAGUCUGUGUGAUCACAGGUAAAGGUCCUCAGAAGGAACACUACAGGAAGAUGAUAGACUCUCUGAACUUGGAGCAUGUGCAGAUCUGCACUCCCUGGUUGGAGGCAGAAGAUUAUCCUGUUUUAUUAGGUUCCGCAGACCUCGGCGUCUGUCUCCACAAGUCGUCCAGCGGCCUGGAUCUGCCCAUGAAGGUGGUGGACAUGUUCGGCUGCUGUCUGCCCGUCCUCGCCGUCCACUUCCAUUGUUUACACGAGCUGGUGAAACACGAGGAGAACGGUCUGAUCUUCAGAGACGCCCCGGAGCUCGCCGAGCAGCUCAAGUCUCUCCUCUCGGAGUUUCCCAGUUCCGCCGGCCGACUGGGUUCGUUCAGGAGGAACCUGCGCACCAGCAGGGGGCGGAGCUGGGACGACAACUGGGACCAGAACGUCCUGCCGCUCCUCGCCGCGCCGAGAUAAACGCUGCGUCACGUUACACCUCGGAGAUCCAGGCUGCAACUAACUAAUUUUCAUCAUCGAUUAAUCUGUCGAUUAUUUUCCCGAUUAAUCGAUUAGUUGUUUGGUUCAUUAGGUCGUAAAAUGGUGAAAAAGGAUAUUCAGUUUACUGUCACAGGAU